AUGCGCGCCGCUGCGAUGACUGAACCCGGCACCUUCGAACCCGAGCUUGCGAACACGGCUUGCGAGCUGAGCGCUUUCCGAGAUGAACUCCGCCGCUUCGCCACACGUCGUAAGACAGAGGCUCAGAGCUCAACCUUUUCAGGUGAUUCUGCCGGUGGACGACGGCCUGCCGAGCCAAACGGAGAUGUCUUCCAAGAGCUCCAGCUAAGCCGCAGCGGCCCUGUGCCACUGGGGGAACUGGACUUGCCUUUGAUGGAUCCCCCGAGCUUGCCCCAUGGACUUGCAGCACAGCUUAGGGUGGCAGCGGCGGAAUGUGAGGCCAAAGAGCCCAUGUCGAUGUCCAGGCAAACCGUCGAUGCGAAUGCGACCCAAGCUUGCUCUGCCGUGGAAGUCUUCGUGGACAGUGGCGGCUCCACUUCUCUGCCUCAAUACUGCGCGGAAGAUCACGGGCUUUGCGUGGCCGCAGCCGCUGUCCGAAAGAAGGAGGUGACCGAGGCCGAAUUGGCCCAGGUGGCCGAGGUGAGGAGACUGCGAAACGAGUUGGCAGCGGCGGAGAUGCGCUCACUGCAGAUGGAGGGUCGCCAGGACGAGCUGCUCGCAGAGCUGAAGGCGUUUCAGCUCGAGAUCCGCCAGGAGCUCGGAGCCGAAGCUCAGUUGCCCGGGCCCGGCGAGAAGGAGAAGCUCGCAGCGAGGGAGCUGACGGCUGGAGCCAAGCUUUUCAGACUUCUGAACGGCCCGAAGCCCUUGCUGGCCAAAGGCCAUUGUACAGUCUGCCGAAAAGCUCAGCCUUCGAUGAAGCUGCGAGGACACUCCUGUCGGAGAUGUCUGCGUCUCUUCAAGCCCUGCAGGAGGCUCCAUGCUUGA